UUCAUUUCUUUUUCUAAUAUUUGAACUAACUAUUUCUAUAAAAUGGUUCGCAAGACGAAUAAAGAACACAAGGAUGUUUCGGUUCAAAUUACAAGAUUUAAGAACGAAAAAAGUCGUUGUGAUCGUUCGGAUUUUUUGAAAUCUCAAAAAAAGAAACCUUCAAUGCCGUUGGAUCACUUGAAGGAUAAGGAAAUGUUGAAGAAUCGACGUCUACAGAAGCGAAAUGUAAAACGAGAGAAUCAAAGAAGGAAAGAUGUGUCACUUGCUGCUGCCCACCACAUCGAAAAAUGCAUAGAUUCUCUACAGAAUAUGAAUGUUGAACCAUCCAAAUAAGACUUCUAACUCUUGUGUUAUGUUUUCGGGUAUUUUUAAAUAAAUUUUGCUUUAACUUCAAAAAUAAACCUGUUCAUCAACUG